UUGCAAAACCAUAGAGGUAUGUGGAGCCAUUACAACAUCGGUAACAUCGAUUCUUAUCUCUUUACCAAAUACCAACGGUUUAGGUGACCCCAGCAAAUCACUACCGUUGAAUUUAGUCGGUUUAAUGCGAAAUCCCAUAUUUAUUAUUUCUUAGAGGUUGGCUUCUGCUUCCAGACGCUCUUAGUUCUUCCCCCUUUCGCUCGAAAUUAGGGUUUCGCAGUGCUCUCCUUUAUUCCCCAGUUGAAAAUGCCUCGCUAUGAUGACCGCUACGGGAACACUCGUCUUUAUGUUGGCCACUUAUCAUCCAGAACUCGUACCCGAGACCUUGAACAUCUUUUCAACAGAUACGGAAGAGUGCGAGAUGUGGAUAUGAAGCGAGAUUAUGCUUUUGUUGAAUUUAGUGAUCCUCGUGAUGCUGAUGACGCGAGACAUUACUUGGACGGACGAGACUUCGAUGGAAGUCGCAUCACAGUGGAGUUUUCAAGAGGAGCACCUCGUGGUUCUCGGGAUUAUGAUAGCAGAGGCCCACCUCCUGGAGCUGGUCGCUGCUUUAACUGUGGUGUUGACGGUCAUUGGGCUCGAGACUGCACAGCAGGGGACUGGAAGAACAAGUGUUACCGUUGUGGAGAAAGAGGGCACAUUGAGAGAAACUGCAAAAACAGUCCCAAGAAGCUUAGGCGGAGUGGAAGCUACUCGAGGUCACCUGUAAGAUCUCGUUCUCCUCGUCGUAGAAGAAGCCCAAGCCGUAGCAGGAGUCUUAGCCGAAGCCGAAGCUACAGCCGUUCAAGGUCCCCGGUGAGAAGAAGAGAGAGGAGUGUGGAGAAGAGAUCACGCAGCCCAAAGCGAAUGGAGGACUCCCUGUCGCCAAGAGGCAGAGACCGUAGUCCGAUUCUGGAUGAUGAAGGCAGCCCAAGGAUCAUAGACGGGAGCCCUCCAACAUCCCCAAAGCUUGGAAAGCAAGACGGAUCAGACCAUGAUGGUGGUAGCCCACUAGACAAUGGAAACGGCAGAAACUCUGUUGUCAGUCCUAGAGGUGACCGAAGCCCCAUUGAGGAUGAUUAUCAGCCCAACCGUGCUUCCCCUAGAGGAAGCGAGUCUCCUUGACUUUGAUGGCUUAUGGCCUCAGGUCGCAGGCGUUGUAGCAUGUAUACUACUAUUGGAUUUGACUGUCCCAGAUAUUUCCUUUCUCUUAUGUGUGUUUGCUUUGAACCCUUUGAGAGUUUUUCUCUUUUUAUUUCAAUUGAGAUGUUUGAAACAAUGCUAUGGAAGACUAGACAUGGUUUGCUUUUCAAUUUCAGAGACCAGUUUUAAAAAGGUUGUUAAGUUUGUGGUUACAUUUAUAUUAUAUUAAAGUUUUCAAUCUGAAGAGAAGACAUGAGUUUGUAACUGGUAAGCUUUAGUGAAGAAAGAUGGCCAGCAAAGGUACGUAGACAUGAUGCUACUAACCGUGGCUGCUCCGACCAACAUGUUCAUGACAACGAUCUGAAGCUGGAUAGCUUCGAGAGGCGACGCACCGCCCAUUAUCAUACCGGUCAUUGCGCCUGGUAGAGAGAUCAGUCCGACGGUUUUACAGCUGUCCAGCACCGGAGAUAGAGAGAUCACUAAUGCUCUCUUCACCUGUUGCAGCGUCGCUUGUCGCGGCGUCGCUCCCAGUGCCAAUGCCGUCUCCACCUGGUUUAGUUGCAUCUUGAUGUCAGCUCGUAGCUGUUUCAUGGUAACUCCGGUGACCGUCAUGGCGUUUCCGACCACCAUACCGGCCACUGGGAUCAUAUACCUCGGAGUGAAAGGGAAGACAUUGAGGAUGAUGAGCAAGAACAUCGUGAUGGCUGUUCCGACGAGGAUAGAUACUCCGGCCACGUACUUUCCUCGUGGCACGUGCUUCGCACGUUCUCCGGCCGUGUAACCGGCGACAACGACCAUGAAGAGAUAAGCGAGGAUGAUCCAGCCGGCGUUCUCCUGGUUAAAGAUGAACUGAAGAACGAACCCGAUGACGGAGAGCUGAACAAACGAUCGGAAAACAGAGUAGAUCAUCUCUCCUUCCAAAGAGAGCUUCUGCGAGUAGGAAAGAGCCACCGCCAAAAGCACAACCGCGAGCGCCGCCGCAGGCUUCACCAUGCCUUUCAGAUAUUCGAUGAACCAUUCGUAAUCCCUGAAAAAAGCUUCCCAAUCCAGAUCCAUCUCUCUCUCUCUCUCGCGCGUUCUACUUUUUCUUUUUGUCGUCGUCUUUGUAGUGGUGGAGAAGGGUAUAUAUAAAGAGGACAACUUGUUGAAAAGGAGUACACUUUCUUCUUCAUAAUAGG